GUUCCAAAUAAACAAUGUACGACAGGUGGUGUGUUAUGAAUAAAACGUACCUUCUGAAUGACUCGGAGUGAUUGGACCGGCAUCAAACCUGGUAAGUAGCAGCUAACAGGUCUCAGGUCAUGAAAAGACAAGAAGAAGCUAACAGGGCGACACCUUCCUCGUCUGGACAGGAGGACUUUGACUUGGACUUGGACAUGAACAUGGUGGCCAUCGUCAGAUGAUGAAAGUGGUCUCAUCCCGGAUGUCGUGAAGAAGUGAAACCGGAGUUUCAGCUUUCAUAUCCUUUUUGUGUUGGGUCUUCAUCAUGCGACUCUUGUUCAAUGUCGGGGAAACACGACUGACGUCUUCCGAGUGAUCAGCAGUGAUUCAGCCGAAACCAUGAGCUCCUUAGACGGGAAAAAGCUGGCGAUGCUCCUCUGCUGCUUCCUGAUGGUCAGGUGCGGUCAGUCGAGCCAGAAGAAGACCUCCUGCCACAUCCAAGGCAACAAGGCCGACUGCAGCCGCCUCAGCCUCACCGGCGUUCCCACAGACCUUCCGGGGAACAUCACCAGUUUGGACAUGUCCCACAACAGGCUGGACCUGAUCCCACCCUCGUCCAUGGCGCCCUACGCCGGCCUCCUCCACCUGGACGUCAGCUACAACAGCAUCAGCAGGCUGGACGGGGGGCUGUGUCGGACUCUGCCCCUGCUGCAGACCCUCAACGUGGACCACAACCAAGUGUCCGUGAUUGGGGAAGAGGAUGUGAGAGCCUGCGGUAACCUGAGCAGGCUUCUCCUGUCCAGCAACAGACUGAAACUGAAAGGGGAACCCUUCUCUGGAUUACAGCGCCUGAAAUUCCUGGAUGUGUCAAAGAACAACUUGGUCUCGGCUCGGCUCGGCACCAAGCCUCAGUUGGAAGACCUGGAGGAGCUCAGUCUGGGAUUCAACAAGUUCACCACUUUGGCCAAGGAUGACUUUGCCUUCUUAAGCCGUUCCGACGCCCUCAAAGUCCUCAACCUUGCCUCCGCCUCCAUCAAGACGGUGGAGCCGGGCUCCUUCCAACCGAUUUCCCGACUGCACACGUUGAUCAUGGACGGGAGCAACGUGGGCACCACGGUGGUCUCCAAGCUGUGCCUGGAGUUGUCCAGGACGUCCAUCAAGAGCUUGUCCCUGCAGAAGAUGAAGCUGGUCACUCUCACCAAUGGCACCUUCAAAGGUCUGCGGCAAACCAACCUCAGCUUCCUGGAUCUUUCCGGCAACGAGAUGGGCAAGAUUGAAAACGACUCGUUUCAGUGGACUCCAAAACUCCAAACUCUGGUUUUAUCGGAUAACAACAUCAAGCACUUGACCGUGUCCACGUUUGAGGGGCUUCAGGGUUUGAAAAACCUGGUCUUGAUCAAAGCUCUGGUGAAAAGUCACACCUCGUCCACGCCCAUCAUCGACAACUUCUCCUUCCGGCCACUGACAAGUCUGGAGAGGUUGUCUUUGCGGCGGUCUUCUGUACGGGAAAUCACCCAACACACGUUCUCAGGCCUGGAGAGCCUGAAGCACCUCGAUAUGAGCUGGUGCAGUUAUGCAUCGCUAAAAAAUAUCGAUAAAAUGACACUGGUCUCACUUGGCGGCUCUCCUCUCUUGGAGCUCAACCUGACCGCAACGGGAAUCGUCCAGAUUCAAUCCGGAGCCUUUUCCCAUCUGAGGAACCUCACAAGAAUCGCUCUGGAUUUCAAUUUCAUCAAGCAAACCCUGACCGGGAAGGAGCUUGAAGGCCUGGACCAACUCCGAGAACUUAACAUGUCCUUCAACCGCCAGACCAUCGACCUGAACUCCAUGUCGUUUGUUAGCGUACCCAACCUCAGGGUCCUGACGCUAGCAAAAAGCCUCACGGUCACGGCUCUCAACCUGGACCCGUCUCCCUUCAAGCCCCUGUCCAAGAUCACCUACCUGGACCUGAGCAACAACAACAUCGCCAACAUCCGCGCCGAUCUCUUGGACGGACUCGUCAACCUGAAGGUCCUCAAGCUGCAGCACAACAACCUGGCUAAACUGUGGAAGGCCGCAAACCUUGGUGGUCCUGUGCUUUACUUGAAAGGUCUGGAGAACUUGCUAAGUCUUCAGAUGGACAGCAACGGCCUGGAUGAGAUCCCCGCACAGGCACUGGGAGGACUGGAGAACCUCCAGGAACUCAGCCUCAGCAACAAUCUGCUCAACAACCUGAAGGACCCGGUCUUUGAAAGUCUGAAAUCCCUGAAGGUUUUGUACCUCCACAAGAACCUGAUCACAGCUGUAAGACCGGAAGUGUUCCGAACGCCGCUGAGGAACCUCAGCCUGCUCGUGAUGGGCAGGAAUCCCUUUGACUGCACCUGCGAGAGCAUCCUGUGGUUUGUGACGUGGCUGAACAACACCAACACCACCGGCGUUCCGGGUCUCCGGGACCAGUACCUGUGCAACACCCCCAUGGCGUACUUCAACCACUCGGUCCUGGAGUUCAAAGCCAUCUUUUGCAAGGACAUGACGCCCUUCCAGGCUCUUUUCAUCCUGAGCAGCACCCUGGUGGUCCUGCUGACUGGGAGCGCCCUGCUGGUGCGCUUCCACGGCUGGAGAUUCCGGUUUUAUUGGAACAUUCUCAUCAAUCGCGUACUGGGAUUCAGCGACGCCGGGGUGGAAGAAGGCCGACAAUUUGAAUACGACGCCUACGUGGUCCAUGCCGAGGAGGACAGCGGCUGGGUGGACCGAGUCGUCAAGUCUCUGGAAAGUGAGGGAUGUAGAUUUUGUCUGGACUAUCGGGAUUCGGUUCCAGGUAUGUCCCAGCUGGAGUCCAUCGUGGACAAUAUGAGAAAUUCACGGAAAAUCCUGUUUGUCGUCACCGAGAAACUUCUCUGUGACCCCUGGUGCAGCAGGUUCAAGGCCCAUCAUGCCCUGCACCAGGUCAUCGAAGCCAGCAGAGAUUCCGUGAUCCUGGUCUUCCUGCAGGACGUGCAUGACUACAAGCUGUCCCGAUCGCUCUUCCUCCGCAGGGGAAUGUUGCGUCCACGCUGCGUCCUCCACUGGCCCGUGCAGAGGGAACGGGUGGCUGCCUUUCGCCAGAAGUUGCAGAUCGCCCUCGGACUCACCAACCGGUUUCACAGUUGAGUCUUGAGUGCCGAAGGGCUGCACGGUGUUCUAGUGGUUAGCGUGUUGGCCACACAGUCAGGGGAUCUAGGAGACCUCUGUGGGGUUUCCGUUUGGGUAUCUCUUUGUGGAGUUUGCAUGUUCUUCCCAUGCAUGCGUGGGUUUCCUCCAAGGAUUCCGGUUUCCUCCCCCACUCCAAAAACAUGCUAGCUUCAUUGGCCACUCCAAAUUUUCCAUAGGUAUGAAUAUGGGUGGGAAUGCUUGGGAAUGUUUGCCCAAAAAGUCAACAUGGCUAGGCUCCGGCAUAGGACCCGAGGAGAGUGGACCUUCCCAACCUUUGAAAAGUUUAGGCUAAGGUUUUUACAGAAUACAAUGAGGACCAUUUUUCAGUUUUUUGUGUUAGCUUCCCAAUUAGCAUCAUGAAGUCAUCAUACUGCUUCCACACAAGACGGAUCAAGGAAAAAUCCAAGUCAGUCUUGCGUGGACCUCGGAUUGUGUCCCCCAGGAGUGAAUGAAUGUGUGACACUGUCAUUUCUUUACUUGUACUUACAUAUACUUAUAUGUAAGAUGUCAGUCAUUUUCUAUGUGAGAUGCACAGAUGGACAGCUUCAUGCUGGCCAGUCACAGUGACAUCUAGUGGCCAUGCGGUCUUACUACGUCCGCUAUUGUCAUUUCAAUAGUAAAAUAAAGAUGGUAUUAUUGGUAUUAUAUUGGUAUUAUUGAGUGUAAAACUAUUCCUGUUCAUUGUGUAAUACAAAUAUUCCAAAAUGUUUGUUACUUAUGUAAGUAAUACAUUAAACUGUAAGUAAUGCUUACAAAGAAUGUUUUUAAUAUACUAAAUAUUUGUUCCUCAAUAUCUCAUUAACCAUUCUACAUUGUUUUUAAAUUCAUUAUAU